AUAGACUGAAGUUGAUUCGAAUUCGCUUGAGUAUCAUUAUUAUUAGUAUUAAUAAUAAUAAUAAUAAUAGUCGAUUAUCCUUACUCCUGAUUGGUCAAAACAACCAUCCUACAUAAGUUUUUAAAUAUUCCGCCAAAAAUUAAAAGGAUAAAAUUAAAACAACAUACAGUCAACAAAAAUAUAUACAUACACAUAAACAAAUCAGGGGAAAAAAUAUCAAUUAUAGAAUAAGCUGAAAAAAAAAGGUGAAACGUUGAAAAAACAUUGGAAUAGUCGUCAAUUAGGAGUGUAUUAAUUGGACAUUGAAGUAUCAUACAUAUAUGCAUAUAUCAGUGGAUAGAAUAUUGGAAAUAAAUCAGACAAAUGUUUCGUCUAUUGAUAAUUGUCUUCAUCAGCAGCAUUAUUCAUCAUCUCAAAUAAAAAAAACAUUUCAAAAUUGAAUUCUAUCACCUAAAUGACACAUAAAAACACAUUGUUUCAUGAUCACUGAACAAUGAGUACCAUUUUAUCAGAUAAUGACAAUAUUAAAUCACCAUCAAUCUCUGUGAAAAGUAUUCAAAAAUCAUUGGAUCUAAAUUGUUUAAAUAUUGUUGGCAAUGAUGAUGUUGCAGAUGUAUCAAAUGUAACACAAUCGAAAUCUUCAUCGAAGUUAAUAAAUGAUAUAACUUGUAAAGAAGGUCAACGAAGUACUGAUGAAGUCAAGUGUAAGGAUAAAGUUGACACUAAUGAAGAUGAGAAGAAGAUAACUGAUUGUAAUUAUUCCUCAACAUGUUUUACUAGUCAUAAAAUUGAUACAGAGACUAGAAACAUUAUGGAAGAUAAUAAUUCUAUACCAACUGCUAGUAUUCUGAAUACUAGUCGGAAUAUAUUGACUCAGCAACAGUGUACAAUAAUGAAAACAUCAAUUGUUAAUACUAUUUCAAAAGCAAAUGAGAGUACUACUUCAAGUCAAUACACUACAGUGAACAAUCAUAGAAGGUGGAGAACAUUUAAUUCAGGACAUUUAACAAAACAUCAACAGGUUUCAACUGUAUGUCAGACAACAACGCCAAUUCAUGAAAUUAUCAAUGAUCCAACUGUUAGUAAUGUUAAUCAGUUAAAUCGUUCCGGAUUCUUACGUCAUCCAUUGCGUAAAGCUAUGAGUUAUGUUAAACCACAAUCAGAGUGUAUUACUUCAAACAAAAUGAAGCCAAGACGACAAUUACAACACACUUUAACCAUUGAAAGAACAGAUGAUUGUCAAUUGAAUUUAAUUAACAAGAAUAUCAAUCGUAACUCUUUACAUAGUAGUUUUUAUCAAUCGAAUUCAUUGAACAAGCUGACAACUCAAAGUCAUGAAUAUCCACAGUUAUACAGUAAUAAUAAUAAUAAUAAUAAUAAUAAUAAUAAUUCAGAUGGCUGGAUUACUCAAGAAGUAUACACUGGAGAGUCAUUUGAUCAAAGUAAUACUUUAAAACAAUCCGGAAAAUAUGAAUUUGAUAGAAAAACGAAACAAAAGGAUAUUCGUCAUUUGAAUGAUUUAUUAGCCAAUUUUCUAUCAAAAUCUUUUUCAACUGCAUUUAAACGUCCAUUGGGAAAAUGUAAGAGUCAUUCACCGUCAACAUCAUUUGAUCAUGAUAAUGAUAAAUGUAUAAAUCCUUUUAAUCAAUAUGAUAAUCAUGAAAUGGAUGAUUAUUCAAGAGAACGAAGUCCUACUAAUGUAUUAAUAAGUAAUGAAUAUUUUCCAGAACAUAAUAUUCCAACUAGAAGUCAACUUAAUCAAUGGGAAAAAUCUUUUGAUCAACUUUUGGCUGAUACAGAUGGAUUAUCACAAUUCCAUCAAUUUUUGAAAUCAGAAUAUAGUGAAGAGAAUAUUGAGUUUUGGAUGAUAUGUGAAUUGUAUAAACACCUUCCAACAACUGAUCUAUGUGAAGAAUCUCAAAAAAUCUAUAAACUUUAUUUAGCUCCACAAUCACCUCGUGAGGUGAAUUUAGAUUCAGAGACAAGAAAUCAAACAAUAUCAGGAUUGGUGAAUCCAACUAAUCAAUCAUUUAUCUUAGCUCAACAAACAAUUAAAGCUUUAAUGAAUAAAGAUUCAUAUCAUCGAUUUCUACGUUCAUCAUUCUAUUUUCAUUUAAAACAAUUAGUAUGGCAUACAUAUCCAUCAAAUGAUGUUUUAGCAACUGAUGAAUCCACUAAAAGUACGAAAGAUAAUCAAUUAGAUUAUCCAAUAGAAAUUAAUAAAUCUAGCCUAUUGAAUAUAGACAAUGAAUAUUGUUCACGUGUAGAAGAAGAUCAAAUUAAGGAUAUUCCAACAUGUUUACCAUUAUCACAAUGUGUUAUUCAAUCACCAAAUGAAUUUUCAACUUUCAAUCAAAUCAAUCAUGAUAUUCAUCAAUCAAUAAAAAUGAUCCCAUCUCCAAUUAUUGAUCAAUUUCAUGAUCCUAUUUCAAUUAAUGAUUAUCAAUGUAUUGUACAUGAUGAAUUACCGAAUUCUGUUCAUUGUGAACCAGGUCCACAUUCUCCAGAAUUAGGCAACAGUGAUUAUUCAUCAUUACUAAAUCAUGAUGAUAUGUGUAAAAUAAAAAAAAUAUAACGAUGAGCCUUAAACAUUGAAUAACACCUGCGGUUGCUAUGGUAACCGACUGACGCGAGGGAUUUUUAAUUUAGUUAAAACAAGCAUACAAAACUCUACAACUGUGAUUUAUACAUAUAUAUAUAUGCACAGGUAUGUAUAUGCCUGUGGUUAUUCCACUACACUUUUGUAAUGGUGAAAAUAAUAUGACUUUCUAGUUG